AUGAGCGAUUUGGCCGAGCAAUUGCCUGCGGAAGCGGCGUCGGCGGAGGAUGUUACGCACGUUAACGGAAAUAGCGAUCCGGCACUGGAGCUGGAAGUGCAGGGGAAUGUGAAAGCAGAAGCUUCAAAUGGCGAUGAAGAGAUUACUGGGGAUAUCAGUACGGCAGCGGAGGAGGCUCCUCCGACAACAAUUGGCCUUGGCAUUGUAACGGAGAAGAGCGACGACGCUUCUGCGGAUAUGGCGGAGUUCGAUGCACCUGCAACCAUUGAAGCACAAGCAGAGGAGGACAUGGGAGUCAUGGAGGAGGUCAAUCUCAAUACUGAUCCGAUGACCUCGUCCUCAGUGGAGAAGGAUGAACCGGAGACAGACGAGCAAACAGCAUCACUGAACGCCGAAUCACCGACUCCCGCUCCAGAAGAAACGCCAAGACCAUCAAACAUCGUUAUUGAACCACCGACAGCAGGUGAAGUACUUUCGACUGGUGAGCCGCUUACACCAUCGAUUCCACCUGGGACACCACGAGCACCGGUGGCUGUGCCGCCCUCACCCAUUCUAUUCGUCGUACAAGCCUUGGAAAGCAUUGCAGCCUCGAAGGAGGGUAAGAGGAAGGGGCUUUUGCGGGACGCGACGGUUAAGGCGCUUGACGCGAUUAGGGAUCACAAGCCAUCUAUGCCACCUAUCGAGAUUAUGUUCGCGCCAUUGGAGUAUGCUGCAAGAUCUGGGAGCGUGAACGUCCAGAUCACUGCUCUGGACAGUAUUGCUAAGCUGAUCAGCUACUCGUACCUUCCGGCUACCAUUCCGAGACCACCUCCUGCUGACCCUUCAAGUAUCGUACCGGCACAGAGGGCCCAGGCACCGACGAAGCCUUUGCUAGAACGGGCUGUGGAUGUCGUCUGUGCAUGUUUCUCCGGUGAGGGCACCGAUGAGCGAGUUUCGCUGCAGAUUGUCAAGGCUUUGUCUGCUGCUGUGCUGAACUCUCCUGGCGGACCAGUGCUGCAUCAGGCGUCUCUCCUGCAAGCCGUACGACAAGUGUACAACAUCUUCCUUCUGAGCCGUGGACCUGCAAAUCAAAUGGUCGCACAGGGUACUCUUACUCAGAUGGUCACCGCUGUCUUCAGUCGUGUACGAACUACCCCGGUGAAUAAGUCAACGAUCUCGGUACCUGCAACGGAGGAGGCCAUUGAGGAGGGAGGUGAGUCGGCUGCUGCUACAGCUGAUCAGAGUGAGCCUGUUACCCUCGCAAGUUUCGAGAACAGGAAGAGUUUCGAUAAAGAGCGGCCUGCAGGACUGGAUUUAGGCGAAGAUGACGCUGAUGAUGAUAUGAACGAGGACGAGGCCUAUGUUAAGGACGCUUUCUUAGUGUUCCGUGCAAUGUGCAAGUUGGCCGUGAAGCCGGCAGGAUCGGAUGGGCAUGACCUGCGAUCACAUCCUAUGAGGUCAAAGUUGCUGGCCUUGCACAUUAUCCUGACUAUCCUGAAUGAGCAUGUGGCGGUCUUCACUUCACCACACGUUGUCAUCCGCUCGUCGUCUACAAACGAGGCUACUCACUUCGUCCAUGCUGUCAAGCAGUAUCUCUGUUUGUGUUUGUCUCGCAAUGCCGCUUCUCCUGUUCCACAGGUCUUCGAGGUGUCGUGCGAGAUUUUUUACCGUAUGCUGAGGGACAUGAGACAAGUGCUGAAGAAGGCUAUCGAGCUCUUCCUGAACGAGAUUUAUCUGCCAAUUUUGGAGAUGAGGAACUCGAGUUUGGCGCAGAAACAAUAUCUGUUGGGUGUAUUGGCAAGGGUAUGCGAGGAUCCACGAGCAUUGGUGGAAGUAUAUCUCAACUACGAUUGUGACCAAGAAGCUAUCGACAACAUGUAUGAGCGGAUCAUGAAUGUGUUAUCUAAGAUCACGACUACCCCGGUGCGGCUGACUCCGCAGCAACAACAGGCUCAGGCUCAGCAAGAAGCGGGUGCUGCCUCGGGAUCGCUGACUCCAUCACUGCAAAGUACGCCUUCCACGCCCCAUCUGUCAACUGCAUCCUUUUCGACUACGGCUACAACGGUAGAUCCUGCGCUGCCCAUUGAGUACCAGUUGAAGCGCCAGUCGCUGGAGUGUUUGGUGACUGUCCUCAGGUCAUUAGUAUCUUGGUCUCAGCAGGGUAUUGCUGCCGCCCAGGCGACCCUAGAGGCGGCGGCGGAGGAAGCUGGCGAGGACGCUAUGGGCGAAGCUGGUUUGGGAGAGGAAAGCAAAUCAAGACCGUCGUUCCAGCACUCCAUUUCUGGCGUGGGUACUCCCAACAGUGGUGGUGAUGGGACUGGUUUCACCAGCCCCAGAUUACAAGAUGAUCCGGAUCAGUUCGAGACGUUGAAACAGCGGAAAACGUUGUUGUCUGAAGCUAUCAGGAAGUUCAACUUUAAGCCCAAGCGUGGUGUUGCGGCACUGAAGGAGACUGGCUUCAUCAGGUCUGAUGAACCGGAGGAGAUUGCUAGGUUCCUUCUCACUACGGAGGGUCUUAACAAAGCCAUGGUCGGGGAAUUCUUGGGUGAAGGCGAGCCUGAGAACAUCGCUAUUAUGCAUGCAUUCGUCGAUGCUAUGGACUUUACUAAGACGAAGUUCGUCGAUGCCCUGAGACGAUUCUUGCAGAGCUUCAGAUUGCCUGGUGAAGCCCAGAAGAUUGAUAGGUUCAUGUUGAAGUUUGCGGAGCGAUACAUGCAGGGUAACCCAAACGCCUUCGCAAACGCUGAUACUGCGUAUGUUCUGGCUUACUCCGUCAUCAUGCUGAACACGGAUGCACACAACCCUCAGAUCAAAAACCGCAUGACGAAGCAGGACUUCAUCAAGAACAACCGCGGCAUCAACGACAAUGCGGACUUGCCACCGGAGUAUCUCGGAGCUAUCUAUGACGAGAUUCAGGUGAACGAGAUCGUGAUGAAGGACGAACAGGAUGCCCAGUUAAUGAACGCUGCGCCUCUGGUGCAGCCUGCUCAGGGCUUUGCCGCCAAUAUCAGCACUGCUUUGGCAACUGUUGGUCGUGACCUACAGAGAGAAGCUUAUGUUCUUGCAUCUGAGGAGAUGGCCAACAAGACGGAAGCACUGUUCAAGAACCUCAUUAGGGAGCAAAGACGAGGCAAGUCUCAGUCGCCGGCGACUUUCUACAGCGCUUCUCACUUCAAGCAUGUCAGACCUAUGUUCGAGGUUGCAUGGAUGCCCAUGUUGGCUGCCUUGUCCUCUUGCAUGCAGGAGAAUGAUUCUCUCGAAACUAUCCAGGUCUGCAUGGAGGGCUUCAAGCAUGCCAUCCGCAUUGUUUGUCUUUUCGAUCUUGAGCUUGCCCGCAAUGCUUUCGUAACCACGUUGGCCAACUUCACCCACUUGAACAACCUCGGUGAGAUGCGGUUCAAGAAUGUGGAAGCUAUGAAGGCAUUGUUAGACAUUGCUCUUACCGAGGGCAACAACCUCCGGGGAUCAUGGAAGGACGUCUUGUUCUGUGUGAGCCAGCUUGAGCGGUUCCAGUUGAUUAGUUCUGGUGUUGACGCAGUUGCUAUCCCCGAGGUGAGCCGAGCACGACCUCAACAGCGAACAUCAGGUGAUUCCGGUCGUCCACGAGCAUCAAUGCAAUUGUCAAGAGCAGCGGUGACGCGACCACGAUCCAACUCGACCUUGAGCUAUGUAAGAGAAGUUGCUGAAGAGACCAGAUCCAUUGAGGUUACCAUCGCCGUUGACAAGAUCUUCACAAACAGUGCCCUCCUUACUGGUGAGGCGAUCGUGGACUUCGUCAAGGCGUUGAGUGAAGUGUCCUGGGAGGAAAUCCAGUCGUCGGGCCAUACCGACAACCCUCGCAUGUUCAGUUUGCAGAAGGUGGUCGAAAUCUCUUACUACAACAUGGGUCGUAUCAGGAUGCAAUGGUCGAACAUCUGGGCUGUCCUUGGUGAGCACUUCAACCAAGUCGGUUGCCAUCGUAAUACGAACGUGGCAUUCUUUGCUCUUGACUCGCUGAGACAAUUGUCGAUGCGCUUCUUGGAGAUUGAGGAGUUGCCUUUGUUCAAGUUCCAGAAGGAUUUCUUGAAGCCAUUUGAGUACGUUAUGUCUCACACAGAGACUCUUGACGUGAAGGAUAUGAUUCUCAGGUGUCUUCUCCAGAUGGUGCAGGCACGGUCGGAGAACAUUAAGUCUGGAUGGAGAACCAUGUUUGGCGUGCUCAGCUUCGCGGCGAAGGAGCAGCAGGAGUCGGUCACUACUUUCACCUUCGAUAUCGUCAAGCGUGUUUACCGAGAAAAGUUGGGUGUCAUCAUCGCCCAAGGCAGCUUCCAGGACUUGGUGGUAUGUUUGAGCGAAGUGGCAAAGAACCAACGGUUCCAGAAGCUUAGCUUGCAAGCGCUUGAGGCUCUUAAGGCUACCAUUCCGAACAUGCUCGUUUCGCCCGAAUGCCCCUUGAGCAAGGACUACAAACCGUCCAAGGAGGCAGAGAGAACCAACACGGAGGAUCCCAUGGUCAAGUUCUGGUACCCUAUUCUGUUUGCCUUCCACGACAUUCUCAUGACUGGAGAGGACCUUGAAGUCCGUUCAAAAGCACUGAGGUACCUUUUCGAUACCUUGACGCAGUACGGCGGUGAUUUCACUCCCGAGUUCUGGGAUACUGUCUGUCGUCAGCUUCUAUUCCCUAUCUUUAUCGCACUCAAGUCAAAGUCGGAGAUGGCCAAGUUUAACACUCAGGAGGACAUGAGCGUCUGGUUAUCUACUACGAUGAUCCAGGCUCUGAGAAACCUCGUGUCACUGUUUACGCACUACUUCGGCACCCUUGAGCACAUGUUGGAAGGACUGUUGGAGUUGCUCGUAUCCUGUAUCUGCCAAGAGAACGAUACGCUUGCUCGGAUUGGGACGUCCUGUCUGCAGCAGUUGAUCAUCCAGAGUGUAAACAAGCUUCAGAAGGAGCACUGGGCUAAAAUUGUGGGUACUUUCGUUUCGCUGUUCGAUACGACUACUGCCUACCAGCUGUUCGCGCACGGAAAGGCUGCUGAGGAAGCCAAUGCGAUCGGUCAGGGUGAAGGCGAAGGUGAUGGCGAAGUGAACCUGGGUAUCAGCAAGGCUGACGAGAAGGACCUCGAGAACUUCUCUCGACCUGCGGAUGCUUCACCUACUGUCAGCGCCAAUCGCAAGAAGGAGUUCAAGCAGAUCAUCGUCAAAUGUGUUCUACAGCUCCUCUUGAUCGACACCGUCGCCGAGCUCCUCGAGAAUGACGACGUUUACAGCAUGAUUCCGUCGUCGGAGUUGUUGAACCUGAUGCAAGUUCUGAGAAAGAGCUUUCAAUUCGCACGCAAAUUCAACAAUGAUAAGGAGUUGCGGAUGCAUUUGUGGAAGAUUGGUUUCAUGAAGCAGUUACCGAACUUGUUGAAGCAGGAAUCGAGUAGUGCUGCGACGUACAUCGCGGUGUUGUUGAGGAUGUACAACGACACCAACCCAGAUCGUGUCGAGUCGAAGGAUAACGUCGAGGAAGCACUUUUGCCGUUAUCGAUCGAUAUCGUGCAAGGGUACUCAGCAUUGGACGAAGAGACUGAACAGAGACAUAUUGCGGCGUGGAGACCAGUUGUUGUCGAGAUUCUCACGGGAUACACACAGUUCUCGGAUGAGGACUUCAAGCGACACCUUUCCACGUUGUACCCGCUCGGCGUGGCGUUGUUGAACAGGGAGUUAGGACUGGAGGUCAGGUUCGCGUUGCAAGGCAUGUUGAAGAGAGCCGGAAUGAUGUUUUUGAAAGGAAAAGGAAAGGAUGUAGCGUAA